AACAAACAUUCAUCUUACUAGUAGACCAUUUUUUCACUUGGAUGCCAUCCAUGCCCUUAAAACUUAUUGUCCGAAUGUCUUCUGGCCUUUUUUUUCAGGCAGAUGGCCUACUAGUAUGCUGGACUACGCACAAUGCGGAUUUAACCAUUGAAUCGACUCAGCUGGACUACCAGUAGGCUUAUAUACUAAGCAUGAUAUCUCACAACGAACGCAACAAAGGUAACAAUCCAAAUGGCCUUCAUGUCUCUCUCAUCCUGGGGCGAGCCCUCCGCAGGCAAACGCGCCCUCCUCAUACACGGCGUCUCCUCUGCCUCUCAGACCUGGCACCGCGUCGCAAAGUCUCUUGCAGGUCAAGGCUACCUCGUCACUGCCCCUGAUCUUCCCGGCCACGGCACUGCGAACCGCUCCUCCGACUAUACUCUCUCUGCUUUCGCCGACGCCCUCCGGCCCCUCUUCGCCUCUACGCGCUUCGAUCUCGUCAUAGGCCACUCCCUCGGUGGUCUC